CUUUUGCCGUCUUAGCCGUCUUAGCCGUCUAAGCUACCUAAUCCACCUAAGCCGCUGAAUCCGCAGCUUUACCCCCUCACCACGCCCAUCGCCCCGUGUGUAUGCCCCUAUCGGCGUCUCGCUACACUCAACUAGUUGGCUUCAGCAUAGCUAUGAUUCCUCGGUAGCCCUCCGGCUUCUCUCGCCAUGUUCUCCAACCCCCAGGCUCGCAAGUCUGUCGACAGCUUGCCGCCCCUGUCGCCCAGCUCCCGACCCGACUUCCCCCACCAUCGGCAGCCCUCUGUUACCUCCCACCCGGCCCCACGACGAGGCUCGACAGCGAGCUCCAUCCACUCCAUCCACUCCCUCCACUCUAUCGGCAGCCACCUCGAGACGUCCAGUACUUGGUCUCAGACCGUCCUCGAGACCGGCCAAAAUGCCAUCUCGACCCUGCUCCAGCCGCCGAUAGUCCGCACGGGACUGCUACCGCACACCUCUGCCCCCGCAUCUAGUACUCACAAGCCGCCGACGGCAAGAGAUAUACCACCCGUCACCCUUACCAACAUACCCCAUAUAGACGCCGCCGAGUUCAAACCUUAUCUGACCCAAGUUGGAGCAUUGUAUGAACAACUGAGACGUGUCAAAGAGAGCGAUGAUGAUGGCAGCGAGCACGUAUUUGGGCGCACCAGAAUGGACGAGUUUUCGAGCGUUUUCGACGACGGGCACCUGAAACCCAGUAGCCGUCCGUCGAGCUCGCGCAAGGUGUCUGCGCCGUCGACGAGGUCCCUGUCACCCAUCGAUUCACCUCCCUUGGUCCGCCCUACCCGCAGGAGAUCGAGCUCCGGUCUCGGCCGAAAGUCCGCAAAUCAAGGCCCGCCUCCGUUAUCCACCAUUCCCAAUGUCUACUUUGAUGAGGAUUUCCAUCUCGAGAAUCCCCGCACCUUUGAUGUGGUCAGCGAGCGGUCCGAGGUUGUCCGACCUCCUCCCGGUUCUGUGGACGAGAAGAAUGCCGCUAACGGGAGUGCUCCGGCCCCGCGCAAAGCUCUGGCUACGAAUGCCAUAUUGCAGGAGAAACUGUCCUGGUAUAUGGACACUAUCGAGAUGCAUCUGAUCUCUUCCAUCUCGACGGCUUCCACCACGUUCUUCACGACCCUGGGAUCACUGAGAGAACUACACUCUGAGGCAGCCGACUCCGUCGAGAGAAUCAGGACGUUAAGGCGCGAACUGCAGACCCUUGAUCGGGAGAUUGCGACUACGGGACUAGAUAUCAUCCAAAAACAGCGGCGGCGCGAAAAUCUUCGCCAGUUGAACGACACCGUGAAGCAGCUAAGAGAGAUUGUCGAGUCAGUCGCUGCUUGCGAAGCAUUGGUAGACGAGGGAGAAGCCGAAAAAGCAUUAACGAACAUCGAUUCCUUGGAGAAGCUUAUCGCCGGAACACGAAUAACGAAGCUGACAAGACCCGGCAAGGGGCAGGCGCAGGAGCAGGGGCAGCAUGCGCCUCAGUUGCGCGAUCUCAGAGACGCCGUUGCCCUUCAAGGCGUCAACGGCGACAUCUCCGCCUUGCGGUUCCGCAUCGGAAAGGCGUUCGAGACGAAAUUCAUCGACGUGCUGAUCGGGGAUUUGAGGCACUACGUCGAUACUGUCCCCACGCAGGAAGUCCUCCUACGGUGGAGCAGCUCGGCAAUGCGGUCCCGUGGAGCUGGACCCCACAGCAGGGAGUCGUCGGCGUAUCCGUCAUACCUGGCCGAUACAGAAGAUCUUCGCUCCCAGCUCGUGCCUAUAUUCGACGGGCUGCACAGCUCUAAGCAUGUCUCUAUUGCCAUAGCGUCUUAUCGAGAGAUGGUUCUGCGCGAAAUUCGAAAUCUCAUCAAGCGACCCCUACCCACUUCUAACGACGACGACAGUGAAUCCAUCAUGUCCGCAUCUACGCUGGGUUCGAAACGCCUGACACCACAGGAGAAGUCGUCUAUUCUAGCUCGAAACCUUCGAGCACUAGACGAGCGGGAUGCGGAGGCCCUUUUCGUCAAGAUCUAUAUCAGCGUCACGGAGACGCUGCGAAGACUAGGUACCCAAGUCAAGGUGCUAUUUGACGUCGUCAGUUCGAUGGGGCAACAGCCGUCUAUCGAGGCAGGCCUAAAAUCACCGCCUCCUCUCAAGUCGCCACCCCUAAACAACGCAAACCGCGAUCUACAGGAAGACAUCCAUAUGACGAUGGAUAUGGCAAAUCUCCUUGGCCAGGCAGUGGAUAUCUCACAGGAUAAAAUCGUGAAGGUACUCCGUGUCCGGAACGACCAGAGUACCCACCUACCCCUGGCGUGGUUCCUGCGGUAUUUCACACUUAACCUCUACUUCACCAACGAGUGCGAAGCCAUUUCCGGCCGGAGCGGGACAGCCUUGAAAAGUAUCGUCAACUCCCAGAUCAAGGAGUUUAUCCAAUCGCACGGCGACGCGGAGAAGCAGAAGUUAGCCCAGGGGAUGGAAUCCGAUCAAUGGGCCGCUAAGGAUUUCACCGAAUACGAUACUGUGCUACUCAACCGCGUGCUGGAAUGCAGUACGAAGGACAAUGCUGCCUGGCUAGAGGACAGCAAGAUCUACAUACCGUUCGAAGAAUCGGAGACUGACAAAGGAGCUUCCAGCGGGCGACCUAGAUCCGAGUCGAAUGCUGCAGCGAAGGAAAAGCCGCGAAGCGCGGUUAUAGAUUUGGAGACGUUUAUCCUGCCAAAUUCGGCGAUCCUCUGCCUCGAAGGGAUGUCUCACUUUUUACAUCUCAUCUCGGGAAUCCCCUCUAUGGCUUCCGACAUAUCCACAUCCCUGAUUUCGUAUCUACAGCUCUUCAAUUCUCGGUGCACGCAGCUCAUCCUCGGCGCCGGUGCUACUCGUUCGGCGGGUCUCAAGAACAUCACGACCAGACAUCUCGCCCUCGCCUCACAAGCGCUAGCAUUCAUCUCAACACUCAUCCUCCACGUCCGCGAAUUCGUCCGCCGGCAUGCAGGCUCCGGUCCCCAUGUCAACAAUGCCAACGUCGCUAACCUCAUGAACGAAUUCGGCAAGGUCAGGCGCCUGUUCCAAGAGCACCAGAACAGCAUAUACGACAAAUUAGUCGAGAUCAUGAGCGGACGCGCCGCCGCGCAUGCUAAGAGCAUGAAAGCUAUCAACUGGGACGUGAAAACGGAGGAAACCGCGAACCCGUACAUGGAAACGCUCGUCAAGGAGACGGUCACGCUGCAUAGGGUGCUCACGAAGCAUCUACCGGAGGGCACCGUCCGGCUGAUCAUGACCCCCGUGUUCGAGAGCUACAAGGCCCAUCUCGGGAAGACGUUGCAGGGGCUGGAGUCGAGGACGGAGACGUCAAUCAACCGGAUGAGAGCCGAUAUCGACUAUCUCAAUAACCGGCUGGGUAAAAUAGACGGCUUCGGCGACACCUACGAUCACCUAAUCGGCAUCGUGAAGUUAAAGAAGCCCGAGCAGACGGCGCCGGAGAGCAGCGGCAUCGCCACGGCCGCCGUCACCACCGACCCAGAGGUGGAGAAGACCGAGAAAAGCGACGACAUCGAAGCGAAGGAAGAGGGCAAACCGGAACGCACAUCUAACGAGUCCAAGGAGGCGGAGGCGGAGGAGAGCAAGUAAGGCGAGAUGAAGCGUUCUAAUUGUGAGUCGCUCGUACGGUCACUCGCACACCCGGUCCAGCAUCAGAAAAGGCGUUCGUCUACCAUUAGAAGGAAUUGGCAGUUCUACACAGGGAGAAAACGAAAUAUUUUUUCCCUCUUGUCUCACAUAGCGCGAGGAAUAAGGCAGCCUUCCGUUGCGGCGCCUCAGGCGGCGCGGGCCCUGUUAUCAUCCUCUGGUGAGGUGCGCACGUAUGUAAUGUAUGCACGUAGGUAUAUACCGCUCCAGCCCUACGUUCCCAGACGUAGUUAUAUGAUCGAUCGCCUUUGCGUCCAGAGUCCCGCGCCCCCGCCCCUCGAAC